AUGCCGGAGAACUUGGAGCCAAUUGGGUACUUUCAGGACUGCGAAGAUCAUUCCUUGGAUGUUUUCGAUACAUACCAGUUUCAACUGUUGGCCCCUUAUUUCGAACUCAUGUCUCCGGAAAAGCCGAAAGCGCCACACUAUUACCUGGCGGAAGGGACUGUUUUGCCCUUUAUCGAAGACAGUCGCGAUGCAGUUCAACACGGAGGCUCAGCGGAUGUUGGCGCGUUAAAAUCCACCACGCGCGUCACAAUUGUGCAACUGCAGAGCGGAGAUGAGCACAACCCUUCUUACGCUAUCAAGCAACUUCAUUCCCGGGAUAGAGAAGCCUUUAAGCAAGAAGUCUUCACACUCAAGCGCUUGAUCCCCAAAGUCGACACUCAUCUGAUCAAACUCUCCUGA